UUUUUUUUUUUUUUUUGGAAAUAUUUGAAGGAUUCGGUGGAACCGAAAAUGCCACUCUGUUAAAGGUUGGAAAGAGGAAAACUGCCUCUUGGAAGGCAAGGGGCUUUGGAUCUCUUUGUCUGUUUCCGCGAGAAGACUGUCAAAUCCAGGUUGGAAUCCCUCCCUUUCGUUCCGGCUCUUUUGGGGUGAUUGUUGGUUUCUCCUCUUUUGGUACUAUUCCGAAUUCGAAGCUUGCUCCAUCUUCCUCUUUUUGGACCAAUGAAGGAACCGGAUGCCAUCAAACUUUUCAUUGGACAGAUCCCCCGGAAUUUAGAGGAGAAAGACCUGAAACCUAUCUUUGAACAAUUUGGCAAAAUCUAUGAGCUGACAGUCAUUAAGGAUAAAUACACUGGCAUGCACAAAGGAUGCGCCUUCUUGACCUACUGCGCCCGAGAGUCGGCCCUCAAAGCCCAAAGUGCGCUUCAUGAGCAGAAAACACUGCCAGGGAUGAACCGGCCGAUCCAGGUGAAACCAGCGGACAGCGAAAGCAGAGGAGAAGACAGGAAGCUGUUUGUGGGAAUGCUAGGUAAGCAGCAAACAGACGAGGACGUCCGGAAAAUGUUCGAGCCCUUUGGAAGCAUCGAUGAAUGCACGGUACUCCGUGGACCUGACGGCACCAGCAAAGGUUGCGCCUUCGUGAAGUUCCAGACGCAUGCAGAAGCGCAGGCCGCCAUCAACACGUUGCAUGGGAGCCGCACGUUGCCAGGUGCCUCCUCCAGCCUCGUGGUGAAAUUUGCGGACACCGAGAAGGAGCGGGGCCUCCGGCGCAUGCAGCAAGUGGCCAACCAGUUGGGCAUGUUCAGCCCCAUCGCGCUGCAGUUUGGGGCAUACAGCGCCUACACCCAAGCACUAAUGCAACAGCAAGCCGCUCUGGUGGCUGCCCACUCCGCCUACCUCAACCCCAUGGCCACGAUGGCCGCCGUCCAGAUGCAGCAGAUGGCCACGAUUAACCCAAAUGGCCUCAUCGCCACCCCCAUCACGCCCUCAUCUUUCUCCCCAGGUACCAGUACACCGCCUGCCAUCGCUGCCACCCCAGUGUCUGCCAUUCCGGCCACCCUCAGCGUCAACGGGUACAGCCCCGUUCCCACACAGAGCACGGGCCAGCCUGCUUCGGAGGCCAUUUACACGAACGGCGUCCACCCCUAUCCAGCACAGAGCCCAGCGGCCCCAGUGGAUCCUUUGCAGCAGGCCUAUGCCGGGAUGCAGCACUAUACAGCCGCCUACCCUGCGGCCUACGGACUGGUGAGCCCGGCCUUCCCGCAACAGCCAGCCACCAUCAUCACCCAGCAGCCGCCCCCGCAGCAGCAGCAGCAGCGGGAAGGUCCCGAGGGCUGUAACAUUUUCAUCUACCACCUGCCGCAAGAGUUUACGGAUUCCGAGAUCCUCCAGAUGUUCCUCCCCUUUGGGAAUGUCAUCUCUGCCAAAGUCUUUGUGGACCGGGCUACCAAUCAGAGCAAAUGUUUCGGCUUCGUGAGUUUCGACAAUCCUGCCAGCGCUCAGGCCGCCAUCCAGGCCAUGAACGGCUUCCAGAUUGGGAUGAAACGCCUCAAAGUCCAGCUGAAGAGGCCCAAAGAUGCCAACCGGCCCUACUGAACUGCCGCCCACCAGGUCUGGAGCUCCACGAAAGAGCAAAGCCCCCUCCCCAAUUUGACCCCACCCUCCCAUUUCCUUUCCUUCCAACAGAUCUCAGAAAACCGCUCACCCUCCCAGAGCUCAAGGGACCCCGCUUUCCUCCCCAGCUCUACCCAGAAACGAUCUUCCACGGUACCGAUCGGCUCCCUCCCAGAGGUUGGAGAUGACCAAACCAGUCCGCCGCAUCCUUCUGUCCCAGCCCACUUAGAUGCCACCCUCCCCUUGGCACAGCC